AUGUCUGUGCCUUCCGCCGUCCUCCUCACACUCGCACGCUUCGGCGACGCCUGCAGUGCGCACUUCUUUCGUAUCAAUAAACUAGGCCGAGGACGCCGUCGCGUUAGGAAGACGCUGUGCGGAGAGCUCGAAAGCUGGAUCGGGGCGACGAGGAACGGAUGGAGGCGACAGAAAGAUCUGGAAUCUGGACUCGGGGACGGAACCCCUAAACAUUAG